GCGCGGGGCGGGGCGGGGCGGGCGGGGAAGAUGGCGUACCAGAGCCUGAGGCUGGAGUACCUGCAGAUCCCGCCAGUGAGCCGCGCGUACACUACGGCCUGCGUGCUCACCACGGCCGCCGUGCAAUUGGAGCUGAUCACUCCUUUCCAGCUCUACUUCAACCCCGAGCUCAUCUUCCGGCACUUCCAGAUAUGGAGAUUAAUCACCAAUUUCUUGUUCUUUGGACCAGUUGGAUUCAAUUUUUUAUUUAAUAUGAUUUUCUUAUACCGUUACUGCCGAAUGCUCGAAGAAGGCUCUUUCCGAGGCCGGACAGCAGACUUUGUAUUUAUGUUCCUUUUUGGGGGACUCUUAAUGACUCUUUUUGGUUUGUUCGUGAGCUUAGUUUUCUUGGGGCAGGCCUUCACUAUCAUGCUUGUCUAUGUGUGGAGCCGAAGGAAUCCAUAUGUUCGCAUGAACUUCUUUGGCCUUCUCAACUUCCAGGCCCCCUUUCUGCCCUGGGUCCUCAUGGGCUUCUCCUUGUUACUGGGCAACUCCAUCAUCGUGGACCUCCUGGGAAUUGCAGUUGGACACAUAUAUUUUUUCUUGGAAGAUGUAUUUCCCAAUCAGCCAGGGGGAGCAAGGAUUCUGAAAACACCUGCUAUUUUGAAGGCAAUUUUUGAUAUGCCAGAUGAUGAUCCCAAUUACAACCCCUUACCUGAAGAGCGACCAGGAGGCUUCGCGUGGGGCGAAGGCCAGCGCCUCGGAGGCUAGGAGUGCAGUGCCAAGUGAGAAAUCCGCCUGGGAAGGAAGGACUCCAAGGAGAUUUCCUCUGGGAUGCUUUUACUCUGUUUCAGAAGUGUGGACACACUUGCCGGCUUUCCAGCUUUUAAAUUCAGAAGCACUUUAUGCGAUGGUACAUCCAUGGUAAAUCCCGGAGACCUCUCCAGCAGCCUGCCCGUGUUUCUUCACUUGACCAUUACUUACACUGGUACUGAAGGUGUAACCUACUGGAGCCAAAAACACGGAAGAGAAGCUUGCUGCCAGCUCUGUACCAAGGACACGCUCACCUGGGAGAGAAAGCGUAAAGCAGAACUCUUCCCCCUCCGUUCUUUGGUGCACGGACGGUCUAGAGAGGACAAAAUAAAACUCAGUUCAUUCUCUCUCACUGGA